AAAGUGAGCAGUUUGUUUCAGAACAAAACCAACACUGACCAACAACAAAUUAGUAUAAAAUCUACUAAAAACUAAUAACCUUAUUUGGUUGACUCCUCCAAGGAAAGAAUUAAGUGCUUUCCUUUCCUAAUCUUCUGCUAAUUCUAAGGAUGAUUUUAAUGUUUUUACACCUCAGAUUCUCCCCACCUACUCAACUAUUCUCUUUUACUGCUCUACCCUAAUUUUUCUCGUUUUCGUUUUCUUUUUGGUUUCACUGUUUCCAUCGCUAUCUUCUAAAACAAUCACGUCCUUUUCAAUCAACCCUCUUUGUUUUUUACACCAAAUUUCUUGAUUGGACACUCAAGCCCAAAAUCAAACGCCGUUUUGGUGUCAUCUUCACGCUAGCUCCAUCCACCCAUCAUUUCUGUGUUCUGGGUCAUCGCCACUUUCUUCCAAGCUAAAGGAUUCUGGGUAUCUUCACUUUCUCCAUUCAGCGUUCAUCGUGAGGUGUUCAUGUCUUGGAUUUCUCUUCCAAUGGAUGAAAUGGUUGGGCCCCGUUUGUACUGUUGCUACAAAUGUAAAAAUCAUGUUUCUGUUCAUGAUGACAUAAUCUCCAAGGCCUUUCAGGGAAGGAAUGGCCGAGCCUUUCUAUUCUCUCAUGUGAUGAAUGUUAUUGUGGGGGCCAAAGAGGACAGACAUCUCAUGACUGGUCUUCAUACAGUUGCUGAUGUAUUUUGUGGUGAUUGCCAUGAGUUGUUAGGUUGGAAGUAUGAACGAGCAUAUGAAGAAACACAAAAGUACAAGGAGGGGAAGUUUAUACUCGAGAAGUCUAAAAUUGUCAAGGAAAAUUGGUAGCCCCGUUUCAAAGAUUUCUCGGAUUUUUUACUUCUAUGUAAGUGUCUAUUAUUCUUCUUCUGUAUCUUCUGUACAUAAUGACUCCAAAAUGUUUGAUAUCUGAUAUGGGUAUUUCUUUCAUAUAUUAUUCCCAAUGUUUUAAGUAUCUAUGAUCCUUCUGCGUAUUUGGUCUUGUGCAAACACACAGCAUAAAAUAAUUGUUUGAAA